AUGACUGCAGCACCACCGCCGAACUGCGGCUUCUGGAGUUUUGGAGGACAGAAAUGUGACAAAUCCUCUGUUCCGACAAUCCUUCGAGACAGGGCUAGAGCCAUAACGACUCCAUCAGAUCUGACUGUGUCGGGCAGAUCUUCGGAGAAUCUCACGGCGAUUCUUGCUUGGUUCAACAAUAGCGGCAGUGAAGAUGGUGGUAUUAACAAGUGUGUGAUCGAGAGGUUCGACAAGGAAGCUGCUGAGAUGUACAAGAGGUCCUUCAAGUACGUUUGGGGAUUAGCUGAAGUCGAUUGGAGACAGAAGAGAGAGCUUCUUUUGGAGAAAAAGGUGAAAGGCGUGGACGUGAAGGAAGCUCUUCGGUUACAGAAAGAGAACAACUUUGUGAUUUCUGAUGUUAGACCAGAGGCAGAGUACAAGGAUGGUCAUCCUCCAGGAGCUAUCAAUGUGGAGAUGUACAGACUGAUACGGGAAUGGACGCCAUGGGACAUAGCUCGCCAUCUUGGAUCUGCUUUCUUCGGUAUCUUCUCUGGCACUGAAUAG